GGAGAGUCAAAAGCAUAAAAAUUUACUAAUAAAGUAAUUUUAUGUUAAACAAAAUUGUAAAAUAAGGUUGAAAUAUUGAAACAUUUAUUUUAACAACAAGUUUUUACUCUUUAGUUUGAUAUAUUACAGUUUUUUGAAAGAUGUCUAUUUAUACAUGUAAUGCUUGUCGUGUUGUGUUUCCCGAUGCCGAGAUUCAGAGAGCCCAUUAUAAAACUGACUGGCACAGAUACAAUCUCAAACGUAAAGUUGCGGAACUGCCCCCUGUAAAUGCUGAAAAUUUCCAGCAGAGGGUGCUUACAGCCCAACAAAAAACUGGUUUUACAUGGCAUAUUUUACCUCAGGUUGAGACAGAAGAGAAACAAACUCAGCAAUGUGGACUGUGUGGUAAAUCAUUCAACUCCCAGAAUGCUCUUGACAACCAUUUACAAUCCAAGAAACACAAAGAGCAAGAGUUAAAACAAGCACAAAGAGCUAAGAAAGAAGUUGAGAAAAGGAAUGAAAAGAAUAAAGCAAAAGGAAUUGAGGUGCUACCAGAGAAUGUAAAACAUUUAGAGAAGGAUAUUGCCAAUAAAGAACUGAAGGACAGGUUACAGAAACCAGUGGUAGAUAGUGAUUUAGGAGCCACUGGAGGUGCAGAUGAUGAUGAUGAUGAAGAUGCAGAGAUGGACAGUGAUGUUGAAUCUGUCGACAGUUUCGGGGACGAAGAUGGUCUGGGUAUAGAAGAGUGCCUGUUCUGUUCACACAUCAGCUCUUCACUAGAGGAGAAUAUGAAACAUAUGACAGUAAAACACAGCUUCUUCCUACCUGAUGCUGAAUAUAUCUCUGAUCUAGAGGGACUUAUAACUUAUCUAGGUCAAAAGAUAGGAUUGGGUAAUGUAUGCCUGUGGUGUAAUGAGAAAGGAAAACAGUUCAACUCAACAUUGUCUGUACAGAAACAUAUGCAAGAUAAAGGUCACUGUAAGAUGUUACAUGAGGGAGAUGUACUGCUGGAGUAUGCUGAUUUCUAUGAUUACAGGAGUAGUUAUCCCGACCAUAUGGAGGGUGCGGAGGCUGACGAGAGUGAGGAAAUGGAGACAGAUGUCACACCAGAUGCCCUCGCUGCCGAGGGAUAUGAACUCGUACUUCCAUCAGGGGCAACAAUUGGUCACAGAUCAUUACACAGAUAUUACAAGCAGAAUAUAAAUCCCAGAUCAGGGGAAAGAACCAAGUCAAUACUUCCUAAAAUGUUGGCACAGUAUAAAGCUCUCGGUUGGACUGGAGCUACAGGUGUAGUGGCUAAACAAAGGUGUAAAGUUCUAGGUGAAAACAUGGUUUACUUAUAUUACAGGUGUAGUGGCUAAACAAAGGUGUAAGGAUCUAGGUGCUGUACAGAGAAUGAAGCACAGACAUCAUAUGAGACUAGGGGUGAAGGCCAACAAGUUCCAGCCACACUUAAGACCACAAGUUAUCUUCUAAACUGAAUAUUUUUAUACAUUCUUGUUACACAAAGUGUUUAUUGGAUGGGAAAUAUAUCUGAAACAUUACACUCUCUUUUGUUUUGAAUUGAAAAUAUUUUAUCCAAUAUGGCAAGAAAUAGUCAUUGAUAAUAAUAAAUGAUGAUGAUGAUAAUAAUGAUGAUAAUAGUACUGAUAAAUAUAUAAUUUAAUAUGAUAAAAUUGUAAUGAUGAUGAUAAUUAUUAUGACGAUAAAGAUAAUAUUAAUUGCUAUUUAAAUGUUACCUAUUACAAAGAAAAAAUAGAUACAUUGUAUUUUAACGUUUUAAUGUGGCCAACUAUAAAUAACAGGGAUAGGAAAUUCAGGGAAUUUACAUUGUAAGGUAGUCAAGUACAUGUAAUUAAAGUAAUUAAUUCCCUGUCAUAAAAUAAAUAUAUGAGCCGUGUCACGACAAAACCAACAUAAUGCGUUUGCGACCAGCAUGGAUCCAGACCAGCAUGCGCAUCCGCGCAGUCUGAUCAGGAUCCAUGCUGUUCGCUAUCAGUUUCUCUACUUGUUAUAGGGUUUGUAAGCGAACAGCGUGGAUCCUGAUCAAAUUGCGCAGAUGCGCAGGCUGGUCUGGAUCCAUGCUGGUCGCAAACCCAUUAUGUUGGUUUUAUCAUCUAAUUAAAGUGUUGGCACUAUAAUAUUGUAAUAUUAAUGAACCAUUUAUCAUAUACCAUUGGUGCUGGGAGGCUGUUAAUAUUUUUGACAUUAUUUAUAAUAAACACGGUCAAGUGAUGAUCCUUUAAGUACAGGGUAUCUGUUUAAAAUGCCACUCUGUAUAAUAUCCACAACAAUAUGAAAAAUGUUUAGAUAAUACUUUGUACAUCCUCACCAUUCUGAAAAUAACUCUUGGUUUAUGCAAAAUUUUAGCUCUUUUACACCAUACAUAUGUUACUUUUUGCAUAAGUAUCGUGUUAUUUUCACAUUUUGGUGUGAAGAUGUUUUUCCUUUUUUACCCCAGAUUUUGUCAUGAUUCUAAUACUGGUAAAACAAGGCUGGUGAUUAUUGUUUUUGUAACAUUUCUGUGAUUAUAUAUCAUAUAGUGAAGUGUUUGGAAGACUUCUAACUGAGCAUGUGUCACACAAAGGAAAUUAUUUUUUUCAGAUGAAGACUUGACUGUAUAAUAUAUAGUGCUUUAUAAACCUUAGUAACUGCUGUUAAAGAUGUUAUUGGUGACAAUGUAACACUGAACAUGGAUAAUAAAGCGGACAAAAAAAUCUUCAAUUUCUCAUAUUUUCCAUGUCCUUGUUUGUUUGUUUUUCUUUCAAUUGAGUAUACCUGUUUCUGUGAUAAAAAUCUUCUUGAAUGUUGCCUUUACAGAUCAAACCUUGUUAUUUUAUUGGGAGGGUAAAGGGGGGCAUAUAACAUGUAUAUCUGGAGAUUCUUGUGAAAAUUAUACAAAAUUGAUUAAUAAAGUAACAGAAGAUGUUAUUGUUUUCAAAGGGUUCAAUAAACAGUUAUCUAAUGAA